CAUGAGCCGACCAGGCCCUUCUCUCCCUCCUCCGAGUAAAAAGCGCAAACUCGACAAGAACUCAGCCCUCUUGGAGUCUAUUACAAACUUCGAAAACGAACUGAACUCCGCCGCUGCCGCGAAUAGCUCCUUGAAUCCCUUGGCCGAUCUGCUCGAACUUGCUGUAACGUGUCAAGACGCACAACAGACCUCAAAAGCCAUAUAUGCGCUCUAUCGAGUGUUUGUCGUUCUCAUUCAAGGGGGAAAGCUAGGUCCCAGUGAUGAUGAAGCGGCGCGUGUUGUCAAAUCAUGGAUUUGGGAGAAGCUGCGAGCUUAUGUGGACUUUCUAUGUGAACUUCUCAAGGACGAAGAGAAACUGCUGCGUACUUCCUCCUUGCAAAUUUUGUUUUCACUCCAGAAGCAUCUUUCGACGGCGACUUCUGUAGCCGAAAACAAGCCGCAAUUUCACGGGUUUCAUUUCCGGAGCAUUGUGUCAGCACUUCUACUUUGCCCGUCUUCUCGACGAGCACCCCAGUCGAAUCCAGGCGUGCUCGAUCCCGAUGUACAGAGAUUGUUCCUCGAAACCUGGUUCAGUGUGCACGAUGAUGUGCGGUGGUUUUUCCUGCGAGAUGCAGGGUGCGUGGUCUUUCGAACCUUUUAGAUAGGCUCUUAUCGUUUUAGAACGACCCUAAACACGGUCUCAAUUAGCGAACAUCCUCAUGUCGCCCAAAAUCUGCUUGGGGUGUUGGAAGCACUUGAGACCUUUCCCACUGAGAAGGGGGAGAUCAACUCGUGGUGGGUCGCAGAGAUUGGCGCAAAACCACCGAAGGUCAAGUCCGGCAAAAAGAAGGGGCAAGAAGAAUCUGACGAGGAGGAGAAUGUUGACCCGGGACUUGAUGAAGACGACUGGAGAAAGUUUUUCGACGAAGACUCUCGAGCCAAGGACGUCAAAAGCAAAGGACCAGAAGCGCGAUUGCAUAACCUGACCCUGCAUCAAUCCCUGCACUCGCUCUCUUCCCAUCGAGCUGUUUUUACCCGCGUCUGGCUGGGCCUUCUACCGAAGCUGACGGCAAUCCGCGAGAUUGAGCAACGGAAGGCUUUAUCAACGCGUGCUCUCAAUGUCAUGCACCGAGGCGUAAUUCCGCACCUGACGCGACCGGUUUUGGUGAUGGAUUGGGUUGGGGAAUGUGUGGAUCUCGGUGGAACCGUUGGGCUCCUGGCGCUGAAUGCGUUGUUUCUAUUGAUGAAAGAUUACAAUCUGGACUAUCCUUCAUUUUAUACGCGACUAUAUGCGUUCUUGGACCGAGAUGUUCUUCAUUCCAAACAUCGUGCCCGGUUUUUCCGGCUCACGGAGGUAUUCUUGGGGUCCACGCACAUCUCUGCGGCAGUGGUGGCGUCUUUUGUCAAGAAACUCGCUCGAUUAUCACUCAGCGCCCCUCCUGCAGCAAUUGUCCUCGUCAUGCCAUUUACCUACAAUGCUCUCAAGCGUCAUCCUGCGUUGAUGCCUUUGAUUCACAGAACGUACGUUGGCACAGAAGAUGAUGAACAGUCUUCGGACCCAUUCGAUGUGUUGGAACCUAACCCAAACUCGACGAGAGCGCUUGAAAGCUCGCUGUGGGAGUUAGCAUCACAUCGGUCGCAUUACCUGGCCGGGAUUUCCACCCUGAGCAAAAUAUUGACGGAGGCCUUUACGAAGCAAAGCUAUUCGAUGGAAGACUUCCUCGAUCACACGUACGGCACGCUCUUCGAUGCCGAUGCUGCACGCAAAAUCAAGAAAGAGCCACCCGUUGCCUUGGAAAUGGGAAAAAAUGUGGAGCUCUUCCGAGAGGAGGUCGUUUCAAAUGUUACUACAGACCUUUGGAGCAUCGCAUAAUUUGUGCUCCAUCCACCAUCGGAUGUAACUUGUCUAUGGGGCCGCACCAAUCCAUAGCAUCCAGUGCGAUGUAGUCUCGUAAAAAAAGCUGCGCGUGUGAACUU